AUCUCGAAUCCACCUUGACCGGAUAUCAAAAGUCCCUGGUGUCAAGAAAGAUCUAGAACCUUCGAGAAUAUUCCGGCGCGCAGGCCAGUAUAUAAGUUAAGGAGGCGGCGUGCGCGUCUCAUUGCUGAAAUCAACGCUGGUGCACCGUGAUACAUUACGGACAUUUAUAGGAAGCAAUUUUACGAAGCAUUUAACUAGUCAUCGUUUUCUAUAUUCCGAACAGAAACAAUCAUGCCUGAGCAAAUGGAGACAGCUCCCGAAGUGGAAACAUUCGCCUUCCAGGCAGAGAUAGCCCAGUUGAUGUCAUUGAUCAUCAACACAUUCUACUCAAACAAAGAAAUUUUCCUGCGAGAAUUGAUUUCGAACUCGAGUGAUGCUUUGGACAAGAUCAGGUACGAAUCGUUGACCGAUCCGUCGCGUUUGGAUUCCGGAAAGGACCUGCACAUCAAAAUAAUCCCUAACAAGAAUGAUGGAACCCUGACCCUGAUUGACACUGGUAUCGGUAUGACUAAGGCAGAUCUGGUAAACAAUCUUGGUACAAUCGCCAAGUCCGGAACUAAGGCCUUUAUGGAAGCUCUUCAAGCUGGAGCGGACAUCUCUAUGAUUGGACAAUUUGGUGUUGGAUUCUACUCCGCCUAUCUAGUUGCAGACAGAGUGACUGUAGUUUCAAAACACAAUGAUGACGAGCAGUAUCUUUGGGAGUCUAGCGCUGGAGGAUCGUUCACAGUUAGACCCGACCCAGGUGAACCUUUGGGACGAGGUACAAAAAUUGUUCUUCAAAUCAAAGAAGAUCAGACUGAAUUCUUAGAGGAGACUAAAAUUAAGGAAAUUGUCAAGAAGCACUCUCAGUUCAUCGGUUAUCCCAUAAAACUAUUAGUAGAAAAAGAGAGGGAGAAGGAGCUCAGUGAUGAUGAAGCUGAGGCUGAGAGCGAAGAGAAGAAAGAAGAAGAGGAUGGAAAGCCUAAGAUUGAAGAUGUAGGGGAAGAUGGAGAUGAGGAUAAAAAGGAGAAACCAGCGAAGAAGACCAAAACUAUUGUUGAGAAAUAUACAGAGGACGAAGAGCUAAACAAGACGAAGCCGAUCUGGACACGCAAUGCAGAUGAUAUUAGCCAGGAGGAGUACGGCGAAUUUUACAAAUCAUUGACAAAUGACUGGGAGGAUCAUCUCGCUGUGAAACAUUUCUCUGUUGAAGGUCAGCUUGAGUUCAGAGCUCUUCUGUUUGUACCCAGGCGCAUGCCCUUCGAUCUUUUUGAAAACAAGAAACGAAAGAAUAACAUCAAGCUCUAUGUUCGACGAGUAUUCAUAAUGGACAACUGUGAGGAGCUGAUACCAGAGUACCUCAAUUUCAUGAAAGGUGUUGUGGACAGUGAAGAUCUGCCACUAAACAUUUCACGUGAAAUGUUGCAGCAAAACAAAAUACUGAAAGUUAUCCGAAAAAAUUUGGUGAAGAAAUGUCUGGAGCUCUUUGAGGAAUUGACGGAGGACAAGGAGUCAUUUAAGAAGUUCUACGAGCAAUUCAGCAAAAAUAUUAAGCUUGGAAUUCACGAAGACAGCACAAACCGCAGCAAGCUAGCCGACCUUCUUCGCUAUCACACUUCCGCAUCUGGUGACGAAGUCUGUUCUCUCAAGGACUACGUCGGACGUAUGAAAGCGAACCAGAAGCACAUAUACUACAUCACUGGAGAGAGCAAGGAACAAGUUUCCAAUAGCUCAUUUGUUGAGCGUGUAAAGAAGCGUGGUUUUGAAGUUGUGUACAUGACUGAGCCAAUUGAUGAGUACGUUGUUCAGCAAAUGAAGGAAUUUGAUGGCAAGCAGCUUGUUUCUGUAACCAAGGAAGGCCUUGAGCUUCCCGAAGACGAGUCCGAGAAGAAGAAACGGGAGGAUGACAAAGCCAAAUUUGAAAAUCUUUGCAAGAUCAUGAAAAAUAUUUUGGAUACCAAAGUGGAAAAGGUCGUUGUAUCGAACAGACUCGUAGAUUCACCUUGCUGUAUUGUUACAUCACAGUACGGAUGGACAGCUAACAUGGAGAGAAUAAUGAAGGCGCAAGCUCUCCGCGAUACUUCGACGAUGGGAUAUAUGGCGGCAAAGAAGCACCUUGAGAUCAAUCCUGACCAUUCAGUGAUUGAAACCCUACGUCAGAAGGCAGAAGCGGAUAAAAAUGACAAAGCAGUUAAAGAUUUGGUUGUUUUGUUAUUUGAAACUUCCCUGUUAUCUUCUGGUUUCAGUUUAGAUGAACCUCAAGUCCAUGCUGCGCGUAUUUACCGCAUGAUUAAACUUGGGCUUGGAAUUGACGAGGAAGAACCAACACAAGAAGAGGAAGCGGCUCCAGCGGAAGUGACGCCAGUUGAGGGUGACAACGAGGAUGCGUCGCGCAUGGAGGAAGUUGAUUAAAUUGAAAAUUAAACAUAGGAAACUUAUGUUAACAACUACAGUUGUUAUUUAGUAAUUGGAGACUAUUUGAAAAAUAUCGCGUUUUAUGCGAUAUCAACACUCCUCAUACCAUCAAAUCUGUAUCAUACAUACAUCAUUGUUCACCGUACUAUCUAAUUUAUCAUUCCUAAUAUUAAUAUAUUAGCAAACCAAAUAUUAUUUUCCAUGUAAGUUUUUUUUAUAGAACUGUAAUAAAAAACCAUGUAUUAUAACAUUAA